AUGAGGGACCUGGUCACCGCCCAAAGUCAGGCCGGCUGGAAGGAGCGCAUCCAACGGGAGGCCGCCAGCCGUGUGGCCUGGAAGCUCAACUACAGCCACAAGUACCUGAGGGAGGGCCCUGUGCCCAGGAAGAAGCCCCAGUCCAGCUCAGCCUCAGGAGCCCACCCGGGACCUGCUACCCAAGCCCCCCACAGCACCAAGGUGCAGACUGGAUGGCCAGAGACAAAAGGGGUCCAGAAUCAGUUGUCCAGGGGAGUGGGUGACCAGCAUGCCCCACCCAAGGGAGGCCGAGCCAGGGAGGCCCUUGGAGUAACCCAGGGCCCAGUGGGCCAGACAGGAUGGAAGGGCUUGGAAAUGCGGCCGGCCAGUCCCAGCACCCUGCAGCUGCUCUUCCAGGGCAUCUCUUACGACAGCCAAGGCCGAGCCAGGUACCUCCAGGAGCGCUACCGGCAGAAGCCUCAGGAGAAGUUUCCGUACCCGCUGGUCUCGUCCUGGGAGUACGGUUGGCACAUAGAAGAGACCAUGAAGAACACCAAGACUCCCACUUACGGCAGGUGCCAGCCCAUCACAAAGAGCUUUUACCUCAGAAACGGCGUCUUCCCUUUCCCUCGGCAAACAGACCGGCUCAUGUGA